AUGGCAAGUAAACGAUGGAACAGCGACAUUGCAUACGCGAUGAACCACGUUAAACUGUUAGCGUGGCCGAUCGGUGUCUGGCCGCUUCAAGUUUAUAACGUGUUUUCGUUGAUACGAUGCACAUGGGCUACUUUUUCCACGGUGUUAACACAGACUUCACUAGUGUUGUUACCUCUCAUCGAGAUUUCCUUGGGCUGCACCGACACGGAGAAGAAUAUGGAUCAUUUCAUGCUCAUCUGCUGCGGAAUUCUCGGCAUAGUAAAGACGUUAUCAUUUCGCAUUUACGCGAAGAACUUGAUCGAGAAUUACAACUCGGCCGUGACCGAUUAUCAGACUAUCACAAAUCCAAGAGAUUAUUCCAUCAUGCCAAAACAUACUUACAUCGGAAGAUUAUUGUUUUGUUCGUUGAUGGGCUUCACUUACUUCAGCUGUCUCAUGAUGUCGGUGACUCCGUUUCUUGGUGGCGACAAGGAUAAUCAGAAUGACAUCGAUAACGAGACCAUGUUGGAAUACACGUUACCUUCAGCUUGCGCAUUGGAAUAUUUUCACACUCCGCAAAACAUGCACACAAUUAUCUGUCUUUUCCAGACGAUCGUGUUAUUUACAUCGUCUCACACCAACAUGGAAAACGAUUCUUUGAUUCUCAACAUAACGUUGCAUCUUUGCGGUCAGAUAAAGAUUCUGAACGCCAAAUUUGUCGAUUUUGACGACACGCACGACUACGAUCGAUUGAACACAUUAAUUAAAAGGCAUAUCUACUUGAUACGCAAGGCCAAGAAACUUUCCGAAGCUGCCAAUUUUGUAUUUCUGACGCAAUUGUCUCUCAUAAGUAUUAUCCUAUGCGUAAUGGGAUUUCAACUUAUUCUCGCGAUAAAAAUGAACGACGUUGUUAUAAUAGGAAAGAGCUUAAUGAUACAGUGCGCCUUUUUAUUCCAAUUGUCUCUGUACAGUUUUAUCGGCGACUACUUGAUCUCGCAGAUGGAAGAAAUAGCAACUUCCGUUUAUUAAAGCACUUGGUACACGUUUUCAAACCAUUUGAAAAGAAACAUCAUCUUCGUUAUGAUGCGAAUAAAAUUUCCGGUCGCGUUUCAAGCUGGAAAUUUCAUCACGGUAAAUCUGUCGACGUACAUGAACAUCUUGAAAACGUCUCUUUCUUAUCUGUCUGUACUUCGUGUAAUGCUGGAUACGUAA